AUGCCGCAGCGAAGCACCGUCACGCGGGAAAGGCACAAGCGCCCGCGUCACGGUGGCGAAGAGAUUCGGAAGGGGAGUGCCACACCGCACCGCAGCGACAUGAUUACAGAUGAGAGCGUAUCUCGAAAUGAUGAAAUAGACGAGUCACAGGAGUCAAACUGUCUUCCGUCAGCAAUCUCCGCGGCGGCGGAGGCAGCAGACAUACAGAAUGAAUUGAAACGUCAAUUCGACGCUUGCCAGCUAAUUGAGCGGGAUGUCGCCUCACUUCUGAAGCAGCGAGAGCUGUCAACCGUGGGGAUGGGCAGUAUUCUUUCACUGAGGAACAUCUCUCCAUAUGACGUUAUACGUCUUAACGUCGGGGACGAGACCUUUACUGUUCCUCUUCAGCUACUGCUCGGUAAAGAUGGUCAAGAAAACUAUUUCGACGUCCUCCUUGGAUUCCGUAGUAGUGGCACCUCCAGGGAUAAUGGCGAUGAGGAGGAGGAGGAGGCGGAUAAGAACAGACAGAGCCAAGUUGUGCAGCCUCCAUUGUUAGAUGAGACGGGGGCGCUUUUCAUCGAUAGAGACCCUGCCACUUUUCGUCUCAUUCUUAAUUAUCUUCGCGGUUACCGGAUGCUAACCAUGCUGAAUGAGGACCAGUUGUCGAUGCUCAAGACAGACGCACGGUACUUUCAAAUCCGUGGCUUGAUGGAUGAACUGGGUGAUCAAACUCCGGAGAGCGCGGUUAAGUUUCGGCCUGGACCAGGUGUGAAUCCUGAACGCAAUCGAUUCCGUGUUAUUUACGGUGUCGCUAUGGUCGGCAACCGAUUUCUCAUCACAGGACGUCACCGCAUCACAUUUCAGGUUCUUAACAGUGACUAUGUCGGUAUCGGACUGGUCUCUGACUCGUGUGUCAGCACAGAUCAGGAGUUUCACAGGACGUCGCACUGUUGUGUUUAUUAUAUGACAGGCGUCUUUUAUUCAAACUUUCCUCAUCACCGGAAGGAAGAUGGACUUGAGGCGUUAGAAAAAGAUGAUUACGUGUCACUCAUGGUUGACAUGAACAGGCGUGUGGCGGAGUACACCCUAAAGAACUCGGCCAAGAUGAUAUCACUUGGAAACGCACGGAAGCUUCGAUUUGCUGUAGCCAUGAAGUUGAGUUCAAGCGUGCGUAUUGUCCCAGAGGAAGAGGCACGACAACUUCCCCUUUUCCAGAGGAAGGCUCAGACAGAUGCCUUCCUGCCUGGUAACCGCACGCCGACGAUGGGCGACGACCGUGAGGCGCUCACACAAGUCUCGCAGUCCAAUGGCGCUGGGUUGUCAGCCCCAGGUAGAAUGCAGGAGCAGGUAUUGUUGCAACGGCCACAGAGUGCAACGUCUCUAUUUGUUUCACGUAGUUUGGAUGGAGGCUCGCGUCCUGGCUUCACCGAUGGGCUUGGAAGAAGAGCGCGGGCCAUCGUACUCAGCUCCUUUGCGAGUGGCUCUUUGCCAAGUGAUAUCAAUGAAAUUGAUCCGCUCCUAUUCAUCCCUGGGAACCGCGAAGCUCGUGAUGACACGUAA